AUGACAAAGUUGAAGGUGAUAACACGGUUCCUUCCAUGCCCCCUUCUUCUCAUACUAGUGACUUCAGUUUCACGUGCUUUAAUAACUUCAAAUAUGGAGGAUAAGGCCUAUUGGAUAGGAAUGUUUCCAAAGGCUCUAAGGCCUAUUGGAAAGCCCAUGUUUGAUACCCAAGUGUGUUUGACCUCAAGGAUCAAUCUUGAGCAUGAGGCUCGAGUAUAUGGAAUCAGUUGGCUUAAACCUUUUGAGACCUUCAAGGUCGGCGAGUUGUCCUUGAGAAAGGAUAUGUUGGUGGAGUCACUCGAUACAAUUAAAUAUGGCUGGGUAGACUCGAUGAUAGUGGGUACUCCUUCAAUUUUUAGUAAUUAA